CACUCGUUCUCCCAGUUCCCCAAAGUUUUCGGUAACAAUUCAGAAGACGGCGGAGCUAAGCGAGAGCGGAGUGGGACGAAGUAGAAGUCGACGAGCAUCGCGAUUUUGAUGUACCGCGUUUGAGAGCCGCCGUGACCAAGCGCGCACUGCGCGGCCGACAGACACGCAUCGGGCACGUUGACUGAACAUUGGCGCUCGUUUCAUCCAGGUCCUCUAUCAUCGAUUCGCGUGGUUUACAAACAUGACCGCAGGAUUUCAUCGCCUCUACCUACCGCUGGUACUGUGUGUGCUGGUCAUCCACGUUGGCGGAACGCAGAGUUGCUUGGACAGACAACAUAUUAUGACUGUGCUCCGCCAAAUGGAAAAACUGUUGAAAGGGCAGGAAACUAGAUUUACAGAGGGACUUCGUAUUAUGAAAUCCAAGCUGACAGCCCUUCAGAAUUCAGUGUCCAAAUCAUCAUCUGGAGAUGUAAAUACAGUAGUUACAUGCCCCUCACUGGAAGCUCCACAGAAUGGAGUGAAAUAUGGGUCAAAGAACUUUGUUGACCAUGAAAUACACUUUUUCUGCAAUCAAGGUUACAAGUUAAUUGGCCCAAGUACCAGAGUAUGUCAAGAAAAUGGCAGCUGGACUGGAGUUAAUCCAAUAUGCAAAGAUAUCAGUGCUUGUUCCAGUAAUCCAUGCCAAAACGGUGGAACAUGUGUUGAAGGUUUUAGCUACUACAAAUGUAUGUGUUUACAAAACUGGAGUGGAACUAACUGUGAGCAGCAGACCCAGACAGCACCCACAGAAUGGAGCAUCAUGAAUGAUCCUGCCUUUAGUCGAAAGCCUCGUUGUGCUAAGAUUGCUCGAACUCAGCACUGCAGCUGUGAUGUUGGUUUCCACAUGAGCGGUACCUCAGAUAACAGUGUCUGUCAAGAUGUGAACGAAUGUGAGGUGUACAGGUUGAAUGGAGCUCCACGACUCUGUAUGCACUCCUGCAUCAAUAUUCCUGGAUCAUACCGCUGUUCCUGCCCUUCAGGUUACAAACUCCUUGGAGACGGUAGAAGUUGUGAGGAUAUAGACGAAUGCCUUCUACAGCAGCAUAACUGCACAAGAGGAACCACCUGCAUUAAUACUUUCGGGAGUUUUCAGUGUGUGAACCCAGAGUGUCCAAAAGCUGAUGAGAAUAUUAGUUAUGUGAAAACAUCAUCAUUCCAAUGUGAACGGAAUCCUUGCCCAAUGGACAGCAGAUCCUGCCACCUGGCACCUAAAACAGUGUCUUUUCACUACCUUUCUUUGCCUUCCAAUCUGAAAACGCCAGUCACUUUAUUUCGUAUGGCCACAGCUUCAGCUCCAGGCAGGCCAGGUCCUGACAGCCUGCGUUUUGGAAUUGUGGGUGGAAAUGGCAAGGGCCACUUUGUAAUGCAACGCUCUGACCGGCAGACUGGAGAACUCAUCCUUGUACAAAGUCUUCAAGGCCCCCAGAGCCUAGAAGUCGAUGUAGACAUGUCAGAAUAUCUGGAGCGUACAUUCCAAGCAAAGCAUGUCUCAAAGGUCACUGUCUUUGUUUCUCCCAAUGUAUUUUAGAGAACUGAACAUCCUGACCUUUAGCCAUGGUCCUUUAGCAGCAAGAUGAAAAAAUCCCCAGUUUGCUGAAAUUCUUUUUAAUGUCUUCCAAAGUGGGAUGUCUGUACUGUAUACUGUAUAUAACUUUGCACACCAGUAGUUUACUAGAUUGUGGUCAGAAACUACUAAGGUAAAACCUGAGGAAAAUGUAAACAUUCAGGAAUUGAACUGAAAAAAAAUCAGCCUAUUAUUUUGAUAUUACUGCAUGUAUUAUAAAGGGAAACACAUCAAGAUUUUCCAAACUAUUUUUCUAAGUCCACUGAUUUCUUUGCAUAUUGCAUCAGAAGCACUUUUAAGAAAGUGACCUCCUGUUUAUUUAAAGUUUGGUUGGACUUAUUGCCCACCUUGUUUUCAAUUUUUUAUGUGUUAAGCAAUUUAAGUAAUCAAAAAUGUGUUCUAACACUUUUAUAUCUGAAUGUAAAAUAGGGAAGAGUUUGCUAAUCAUGUUCCUCCAUGAGCAUGCUGCUUUUCCCUCCAAAUGUUAAAGGACAUGAUGGCCACUCAACGAUCGGAGAUGUCUUUUAACAUUCAGAUAACGUAAGUACUACCUAUAUCUGCUGCAAUCUUACAUUUAAAAAUACCUUUAAAUGGAACCAUUUCUGGUUAUUGAGUUAUGUGCACUAUGUUAUGAAAGCAUCCUUGAAAAUGUCACAUUUUUGUUCUUGCUUGUACACAGUGCUUUUAAACACCUAUCUUUAUUGCUUAUUUUUACUUUAUCUCUCUGUAAUUCAAUUACAAACAUAUUGUGGCUGCGUGGUUAUGGGUAAUAUAUGCUUUUCAUUAAGAUCAUGCCUUUAUCUUUUCAUUAUUAAUAUUAUUUUUGGUAACAUUUCCUGUAAAUAUUCCAUCAACUAGAUGUUAUUUAUUGCAAUGUAUUAUUACAAUAGGCACAGCAAUAAAUAACAACUGCAGCUGUCUGAUGUAAUUAUACCACUUACAUUUGAGUCCUUUGUUUUUACCAGUGUCUCUUUGUUAUGCACAUAAAACCUGUUAUUAAAGAAAUCUGUUUCUAAAA